UCGACGGACUAAACAUCAAACGCGAAUUGACGUAGGCGUGAGACACGGUCGUAUCAUUGCGAAUAUCGUUAUCUGCUGCUCUCGGUCGUCGCUCGCUCGCGCCGCGCCGCAGUCCGACCUCGCCGCUCGUCCGCGGCGCCCGAGCCGACAUGCUGACGCUGCUGCUGGCGGCCGGCGCGCUGCUGGCGCUCUAUCUGUUCGGCACGCGCAACCACUUGUACUGGCGGCGGCGCGGCGUGGCGCACGACCCGCCGCUGCCGUUCGUCGGCAACAACGCGCGCAACUACUUCAUGCGGCGCAGCGUCACCGAGCUGGCCGUGGAGCUGUACCGGCGCCACCCGCGCGAGCGCGUCGUGGGCUACUACCGCGCCUGCCGCCCCGAGCUGCUGCUGCGCGACCCCGCGCUGGCGCGCCGCGUGCUGACGGCCGACUUCCCGCACUUCCACCCGCGCGGGCUGCUGCCGCGCCACCGCCCGCCCGAGCCGCUGCUGCGCAACCUGUUCUUCGCGGACGGCGACCUGUGGCGGCUGCUGCGCCAGCGCAUGACGCCCACCUUCACCAGCGGCAAGCUGAAGGCGAUGUUCCCGCUCGUCGUGGAGCGCGCCGAGAGGCUGCAGGCGCGCGCGCUGGCGGCGGCGGCGGGCGGCCGGCCGCUGGACGCGCGCGACCUCAUGGCGCGCUACACGACCGACUUCAUCGGCGCCUGCGGCUUCGGCCUCGACGCCGACUCGCUGAGCGACGACGACUCGGCCUUCCGCCGCCUCGGCGCGCGCAUCUUCCGCAUCGGGCCCGCCGAGAUGCUCGUGCUGGCGCUGCGCGACAUGUUCCCCGCGCUGUUCGGCGGCGUCAAGUCGCUGUGGCGCGUCGAGAAGGACUUCCGGCGCCUCGUGGCCGACGUGCUGCGGCGGCGCGGCGGCCGCCCGUCCGGCCGACACGACUUCAUCGACCAGCUGCUCGAGUGCCGCGCCAAGGGGCUCAUGGAGGUCGAGUCGAUCGAGCGCCCGCCGGAGCGCGUGCGCCUGGAGAUGGACGACGAGAUCGUGGCGGCGCAGGUGUUCGUGUUCUUCGCGGCCGGCUUCGAGACGUCGUCCUCGGCCACCAGCAUGACGCUGCACGAGCUGGCGCACCACCCCGCCGCGCAGCGCCGCGCGCAGGCCGAGGUGGACGCGGUGCUGGCGCGCCACGGCGGCCGCCUCGGCUACGACGCCGUCAAGGAGAUGACGUACCUCGAGUGGACGUUCAAGGAGGGCAUGCGCGUGUUCCCGUCGCUCGGCUUCCUCAUGCGCGAGUGCGCGCGCGCCUACACGUUCGAGGAGCUCGGGCUGACGGUGGACGCGGGCGUGCGCGUCAUGGUGCCGCUGCAGGCGCUGCACACCGACCCGCAGUACUGGGAGCGGCCCGACGAGUUCCGGCCCGAGCGGCACGACCCGGCGCAGCACGGCCCGCACUACAAGCUCGUCUUCCUGCCGUUCGGCGACGGGCCGCGCGCCUGCAUCGGCGAGCGGCUGGGGCUCAUGCAGUCGCUGGCGGGGCUGGCGGCCGUGCUGGCGCGCUUCACCGUGCGGCCGGCGCCGGGCGCGCCCCGCCGCCCGCGCCUCAACCCCGCGUCCGGCGUGGUGCAGAGCGUGGCGGGUGGCCUGCCGCUGCUGUUCGAGGAGCGCGCGCCGCCCGCCAGUCGCUAGCUGAUGGAGCUGUGCCGUCGUGCUGGCCGCAGUUCGGAUGUUUUAAAUAUGUGAAUUAGCACCCGGAGGAUAUAUAAACUUUCUAGAAUAAAAUAGUGAUACAAAUUCUACUUCUUUAUUCUUGGUAUAUUUUUUAAUUUAUAGAAAUAAAACUUACUAAUACCUCGUAUAUCUUUACUGUGCUAAUACUGUGCAUAUCACGAAACGCAAAAGAGAAUUAGGUAUUAAUUUUCAUUCUGCAGUAUUAGAAAAAUAAAAUACCUACAUAUUAUUAAAAUAAAAUUAAUUUAACGAAAGAAAUAUUUUUAUUUAUUAUAUU